UAUCACACAUCUCACCAUUAUUCCACAACCAAAGCAGAUCCCAGUCUACAAAACUCUUUCAUAUUAUUAUCAGAAAUUCGAAAUGGCUCGUACCAAGCAAACUGCUCGCAAAUCCACCGGUGGAAAGGCUCCAAGGAAGCAGCUAGCUACCAAGGCUGCUAGAAAGUCAGCACCGGCGACUGGAGGAGUGAAGAAGCCUCACCGUUUCCGUCCAGGAACUGUCGCUCUCAGGGAAAUCAGGAAGUACCAGAAGUCUACUGAGUUGUUGAUAAGGAAGCUACCAUUUCAGAGGCUGGUGAGGGAAAUAGCACAGGACUUCAAGACAGAUCUGAGGUUCCAAAGCAGUGCUGUAGCUGCUCUUCAAGAGGCUGCUGAAGCUUACCUUGUCGGACUCUUUGAAGAUACCAAUCUCUGUGCCAUUCACGCUAAGAGGGUCACCAUAAUGCCAAAGGACAUUCAGCUCGCCAGGAGGAUUCGUGGUGAAAGGGCUUAGGAAGAUGCUUUGUUGUGCUUAUGCUUAUGGUUAAUGUUCUUUUAUCCGUCUUAGGGUUUUGUUUGCAUCUUUUGUUGGACGUUAGGGUUGGAGAUGUAAAUCAAAUGACUCGUUUUGAUCAAAGUAUAUGGAAAACCUCUGGUUUACUAGUAUUUGAUUAAUGAAAUCUGUAGUUCGUUUUGUUCCAAUCAAAGGUGCUUCUCAUAUGAA